CAUUACUUCUCCUCUUCUUUGUCAAGGCAUUGUUACUUAUUCUCCACAAUUCUGCAAUCCUAAAGCGAAUAGGAAAUGAAAAAUCCUAUGGCCGGCAAUCUCUUUGCUGCCGUUGACAUUGGCACGAAUGCCUUCAAGCUUCUAAUAGUUCAAGCUCAUCGCACAGGCAAAUUCAUCCCUGUUUUAACCGUCAAAGAGUCAGUCGUAUUAGGCCAUGACUCACCUUCUUCCGCAAUCUCCACCCAUUCCCUACACCUCUCUCUCAAAUCCCUUAAAGAUUUCAACGAACUCAUUCAGACCCACCAUGUCCCGUCUCUCCACACUCGCUGUGUAGCCACAUCGGCUGUCCGUGAAGCCGAAAACAAGGCCCAAUUCAUCGACUCAGUCGCUGAAACCACCGGGUUCGACGUUGAAGUUUUAUCAGGUGAAGAAGAAGCCCGGUUUUCUUACCUGGGUGCCCUUCAAUUCUUGCCUGUUUUUGAUAAUUCGGUUUUGAAUAUCGAUAUCGGAGGUGGGUCAACUGAGUUUGCUAUUGGGUCACGUGGAAAGGUUGACUUUUGCUUGUCUCUGAAGCUUGGUCACGUGACUUUGACUCAACAGGGUUUCGGGGGUGAAGAAACUGAAAGAGUUUGGAACAUGAGGAAGUAUAUUAGGAAUGUAAUUAAGGAAUCUGGGUUAGUGGAGAAAGUUAAAAACUUUGGCUUUGAAGUAGCUGUGGGUUCAUCAGGGACAAUAAGAGCCAUUGAAAAAGCAGUUUUUAAAGGGUAUGGAUUAGAUUUUGUUGAUAAUGAGGCUUUGUUUAGGGAAUGUAAAAGGGACUGGAGGUUUAACAGAGAGGAAUUAAAGAGUGUUGUUGAGAGGUUGUGUAAAGGAGAAGGACAGAAAGUUAGGAGAGAUGGGUUUUUUAAGAGAAGGUCAGAGUCUAUUGUCGCUGGUGGGGUUUUGUUGGAGGAGAUAUUUGAUUUGCUUGGGAUUAAAGAAAUGUUGGUUUCUGGUUACGGAUUGAGAGAAGGUGUGAUUGCUGACACUUUAGCUAAGGUCUUUGAUGAUGGAUAUGAUUUGAAUGCAAAUGCUCGGUUUCGGUCCCUUUUGCGGCUUGCUAAAAGGUUUAAUGGCAAAAGGAAGACCACUUCUGCUGCUGAAUGUGCUAGCAUUGCGAGGGAGAUUUUCAAAGGCUUAAGAAAAUGCAAAGAGCUUGAUAACAAUGGAGUUAACCUUACUGUUCCUUUAGAUGACAAAGAUCUGGAAUAUCUUGAAGCCGCAUGUUUACUUCACAAUAUAGGGCUCUUCACUGGUAAAAAGGGUUACCAUAAGCAGUCUUAUAACAUUAUCAUGAAUGGAAAUAAUCUUCAUGGAUAUAGCGCUGAGGAGGUCAAGGUACACUGUCUGUCGAUCAAUCUUGUUCGGUUAGUCAGGAUGUCUAAACAUGUUCUCUCUUCUGAUCACCUUUUAGUGAAAUUGCAGCUAAUAGCUCUUGUUACAAGACACCAUAGGAAGAAAUUACCAAAGUUUGAUCAUGCUUCCUUUAGUGAGUUUGGAGAAGAGGACAAACAGAAAUUCAGAGUUCUUUGUACAAUUAUACGUUUAUCUGUUGUAUUACAUCGGAAUGGAUACGUAAGCUACAAAGAAAUGGAUUUUUCACAUUCUCAUGAAGGUUUCAAGCUGGUUAUUGGGGAAGCAAGGGUUCAGACCCUAACGCCUGGAGUUGAGCAAUAUACAGCUGAUAAUUUUGAGGCAGAAUUAAGGCCUGAGCUGGAAUACUUUAAAAAGGUAUUCAAGCAAGAAUUGCUUGUUAAAAAUCACUAUCAUUCUGUUCAAACUAACCAAGAAAAUGAAAGUUGCUGAUUACCGAGCUGCCAGUUAAAUAUCUUGACUGAAACCGGAUCCUGUUGGACUAUCUCGGAAAUGAAGAGUGCACUUGCUAUUCCUCUACCCUGCAUCAAAAUUUCCCUUCUCAUCUCAGUGCUAGUCGCUGUAUCUUGGAUGUUCCGAGAGCUAAGAGCUAAUAGCAGACAGCCACCCACCAAUCAAACACCAGCUCAUCUUUGCCUGUGGCAAUUCCUGAAAUGAGGCUACUGGGGUGUCCUUAAGAACACAUCAAGCCUAGUGAAGACAAAAAUGCUCAGCAGCUAAUACCCGUGUCUAGCGUGUAAGAAAAACGUGAAGACUAGCUUGGUCUCAGCAAUUGCUCGAGCAAAAUAGCAGCUAAUCCAGGCUUUAAGAUUAACUGCUUGAGAGCCAACUUUUCUUUUGUUCCAAUAGGCGCAGAAAAUCUUGCUUGUUAGGCUUCAACUUGCAACUCCAAUUGUUGAGACAUUAUAUUUUAGACAUAUUGAUGACUUUUCCUGAAAUUUUCUUUUGAUUGAAUGUAAUCUUUUGAAUUCAUUACAUAAAAAAUUUAUAAAAAAAAUGUUAUAAUCUCAUAAAUAAAUAUGAUAGAU